GACUCCGGAGUACGUACUGGCAAGGUUGCGGCAGCUGUUCGGUACCUCACUAAGGCGCAGAUUAGCCCAGAUUAGCGUGAUAAGGCGCCUGUCCUGAUUUUUUUUUCUAUAUCUGGCCUCAUGAAAUGUGGGGAAGCCGGAUAAUCCACUGCCCCGUUGCCGUUGGACCUUGCGCUUAUACCAUCAUUCAAAGGACACUUUUGAGAAGGGCAGUCGCUCCAGUUGGCAUCGUUGGCCAUACUUUUUUUGUGUUUGCAUUUUCCCGGAGCAGGCUGAGCUCCUCGAGGCCGUCAAAAUGAGCAGCUCAGACUACUCGUACGACGAACAGGGCCAGUUCUUCCCUUUCUUCAUCUUGACCGUCACCGGCCUGGUCACCCUCCCUUUGACAUACAGUCUUUUCCGCCGAAGCACCGACGACGAUGCGCUUGCGCCGCGCAUCUCGUCCGAUUACAAAACAAAGCAUGCCGAUGUCGUAGUGUCGCUGCGCAAGGCGCAGAAGAGGAAGCAGAGGAAGAUUAAGAGGGCGAUAUUCGUUGUUUUGGGAUGGGCGCUCAUGGCGGGCAUGGUCUAUCUUAUUAUUGUCACACAAAGAAUCGUUCCCAAGAUUUGGAAUCCCUACGAUAUUCUGGGCAUCUCAGAGUCAUUUACUGAAAAACAAAUCAAAUCCCAUUACAAGAGACUCUCUGUCAAAUUCCACCCGGACAAGGUCAGGCCGGACCCCUCCAAGAAUGAGACUCUGGAGAUGCUUAACGACCGAUACGUCGAACUCACAAAAGCCUACCAAGCCCUGACAGAUGAGGACGUACGAAACAACUACAUCCAGUACGGCCACCCUGAUGGCAAGCAGAGCUUCAGCAUCGGCAUUGCGCUACCUCAGUUCAUCAUCGCCGAGGGCAACGGCAAAUACCUGAUUCUGCUCUACACCGGUCUUAUGGGUAUUCUACUUCCCUACCUUGUUGGCUCAUGGUGGUAUGGUACCAAGCGGAUGUCGAAAGAAGGCGUCCUAAUGGAAAGUGCCAACCGUCUAUUCAGACACUACAACGAAGAGAUUGACGAGGGUGGUAUCAUUACUGCUCUCAGCACUGGCAAGGAAUUCGAGGCCAUCCUCAAGGGAGACCAAGCCGAGUCUGGCCUUUCCAAAAUUGAGUCCCGGAUCUCAGCAGAGGGUGAAAGUUCGCCAUUUGCGUGUGGUUUCUCUCUCAAGGACAAGGAAAAGCUCGAAGACCUCGAUAGUGGCGUACGACGCAAGGUGCUUGCUUUACUGUGGGCUUAUCUUGGUCGCGUCGAGCUCGAUGACCCUGCACUGACCAAGGCCAAGUUCGAAGUUGGCGCGAUUGCCCGGACACUGAACCAGUCUUUCGCAGCGAUUGCAUUGGCAUUCGGCAACAUUGGCCCCAUCGCAGGAUCAUUCAAAGCAAACCAGCAUCUCAUCCAGGCAGUAUCUCCCAAGUCAUCUCCUCUCCUCCAGCUCCCUCACAUCAACGACAAGGUUGCCGCGGCCAUUGAAGGCGAUUCAAAGAUCCAUCUGACUGUUCAGCAAUUCAUGGACCUCCCCGACGCCGAGCGAAGACAGCUCGCUGUUGGCAAGGAUCUCCUUACCGAAGAGCAGUACAAGGAAACCAUCAGUGUCGGAAAGCAGCUCCCUUUCUUCCGUGUUGCCAAGGCGUUCUUCAAGGUUACUGGCGAAAAGGUCAUUAUUCCUUCAUCUCUUGUCACUCUGGUCAUCAAAGGCCGUUUCAUCCCUCCUGGUACCGAGAAAGUUCCAGCUAUCGAUGAGGUUUCCUUGGAAGAUAUUGAUCCCGCUGAAGAUGAUCUGGAUGCGCUUAUGGGCCGCAAGAAGAAGAUUGUCAAGGGCCCUGAUGGAAAGCCUGUCGCCGUUGAGGAGAAUUCUGCCCUGCCACCUUUGACUUUUGCCCCCCACUACGCCCGAGACCACUCGCCCAAGUGGUACGCUUUCCUCAGUGACUCCAAGCAGGACAAGAUGGCCGUUCCUCCUUUCACCUUUGACAAGUUUGAUCAGCCCAUCUUUACCGAGGACGGCAAGCCCACCUUUAACAUGCAGACUCUCAAGGCUCAGUUCGCCGCUCCUCCUCAACCAGGCCACUACACUUUCUGCAUGCACGUCGUCUGCGAUUCUUAUGUCGGUUUCGAUACCAAGAUGGAAGUCACUCUUGUUGUGGAAGAUGCUAGCAAGGCGGCCGAGAUGGAGGCCGAAGACGAAAUUAGCGAACCCGAAGAAGACUCUAUUGCUGGACAAAUGCAGGCUCUCAAGGGGCAACCUACCGCCCAGGCUUCCAAGCCGAAGCGAAAGCAGGACAGCUCUGACGAAGAGUCCGGCACAGACGAAGAGGAGGAUGACACAAGUGACACGAAUACUGAUACGGAAGAUGAGAGCUGAGGUUCUUUCUCCUAGACAGGAAGUUGUCAUGGAGUGUGUUUUAUUAGACUUGAAAAAGAAAAGAUUUUUUUUUAAAAAAAAAAAAAAUUCUAAAAAAGAGUGAGGGGAGAGAAGAAAUUUGCCUCAAAGCAUUAGGUACUUUGGGAGAGUAGCAUUCGAGGUUGACUUUGCAUCAAAUGUGUGUGUGUUGUUGCGGCAAGGGAAACUAACUUGACUGGGUUGGGUAGCCGUGUUCUCGUCGACGGCGUGGAGUUCUUUUUCAAAUGGCAUAAGGAUUUAAUUUUAUGUUGGUUUUUGUUAAUUUACUUGUAUUACCUAGCUUUAUCCUACCUAGAAUCACAUCAUGAGGAACAAUACAAUGUAAAAUGGAAACAAAAAAAAAAAAAAGCUUGAUCGG